AUGAAUGCUUUGGAAACGAUCGGCUGGUGGGACAAUCGAAGAUGCAUUCCCCUGGACGAUCAUGCCUUUGGCUGCCUAGCUGAAGUUGUGACCAAUGUCAAGCUCCCGAGUAGCACGCUGGUCCACAGCCAGCAAACACGCAAGGUCGCCACGGCCGUGGGCAGCGAACGACGAGGUACUCUGCUCUUUGAUCAAGGUCCGACCGAUCGUCUUCGAAUACGUCCUCCACCGGACAUGACAAAAAUCCUCGGAAAGACCAACUCUGGCAGUGUCGCCAAGUCCAUCGCACCUCGAGCACCCAAGAAGGCUACUAUUAAGAAGACCGCCGCGGAGAAGGCGGCACCAAAGAAGGCAUAA